AUGGAGACGGGUAGGCCGAGGGAAUGUAUUCUCGAGGGACACGGAUGGGCCGAGGGUAAAAAGUAUAGACAUUGGUAUAUAGAUAUACUACUAUAUGGGACAUUAUAUGUAAUGAAUACGGGAUGGGCUGAGGCCAGUUACCGGAGAGGAAUGGGCCAGGUGCAGAGGAGGAAACAGAUGGGCCGGGUAUACAGGUUGUCCGGACGGAUGUGUGUACCCACCUCAUACGGAUGGGCCGAGGCCGAUUACUGGAGAGGAAUGGGUCAGGUGCACCCGAGGGAAACAGAUGGGCUGGAGGAAUGUGUACCCAGGGUGAAUGGGUGGGCCAAGGGCAUAAAGUGGUUUGGCCGGACAGAUGUGUACCUACCUUACACGGAUGGGCCAAGGCUGGUUUCCAGAGAGCAAUGGGCCAGAUGCAUAUAUGAGGAAACAGAUGGGCCAGGGCAAACAGAUGGGCCAGAUAUAUGUAUGUACUCGCCUUACACGGAUGGGCUGAGGUAA